AAUUUUUACUGAGUAAAGAGUGAUAAAUAUUCCGUAUACCGGUUACCAGAUUUAGAAAAAUAACUUGACAUUGAAAACAACAACAACAACCAAAAUGUGUUGAAAGGAACAAAAGCAGUGAAUGAUGUCGUCAUCAAAUUAUGCACGGCGUAUGGCGAAACUCUCUGCCAAAAUAUUUGGAGAGCUAUCCAGAGAGACAGAUAUGAAAUCUACAAAAGUUCUAAGAAUAUUUUCUGGCAAGCCGCCACAUAUGGAUCCUUAUUAUAAUGUAGAUUACUACCCUCGUCACGUAGAGCUUAAACAACUUAUGGAUGGACUUCGAGAACAUGGUUUAUUUAGAGAUGAACACGAAGAUUUCAAAGAUGAAAUGAAGAAAAGACGAGCGCUUAAAGGAAAACCAGAGUAUGUACCAUUUCAUCUCCGAGGUAAACAAGAGGGUGAGGCUAAAUGAGAAAUGGAAACAAUUCUGUGAUGAAAAAAAUUGUGUCAUCAAAAGUUGUGUAGUAGUUAUAGCUGGGGACUAAUUGUUUAAUUACUGAAGCAAUUAAGAUUAUAUCUUCAUUGUGUAAUGAAUGAUACUAAUUAUACAGAACAGUGGAGUGACUUUAGUAUAUAUGUACAUUAUCUGGUUUAAAUGAUUUCAUUUUUAAAAGUUUAAAUGUAAUGUGUAAAUAAAAAAAUAUGAAGAUGCUA